AUGUUUGAGAACUUUAAGGCUUUUAUUCGGCACGGGAAACAAGCAAAUGUUCGAAAGCAAAGGCUUCCUUACGAUGAUUAUCACCAAGAUGAUCACCAGGCUUACAUGUCUCCGAGAGUAGGAAGCGGUGAAGCGUUAACUCCUCAGCCCACUAACUCUGCCACAGGGUCUGAUCCAUCUGUUCCACUUCAUCAUGACGACAUCACAGGUUGCUCCUCCUUUGAUGCUGAUCCAGUAUCUACGAUCAAAGUAUCUCAGACUCUGGUUCCGCAAUCUAAUGCCGAGCAAUUAGAACAGUAUCAAAAUCAAAUCACAAAUCACGACUACCAAUAUCAUUCCACUGUUAAUGACAAUAAUAAGAUUAAUAAUAAUAAUAAUAAUACCUAUAAUAAUCACCACAAUCAUAAUGGAAAACACGAUUACGAGAUAUUGGCUCAUAAAAUCGUUGAGGAAGAACGGAUGAUGCGUGAGAAACGUCAAUCCCAUAAAUAUCCAAACUUAGAUGCCUACGAAGUGCUUGAGAAAAUGGGUGAAGGUGCUUUUUCCAUCGUCUACAAAGCACGUCACAUUGAUACAGACAAGUUCGUUGCCAUCAAGAUCCUUAGAAAGUUUCAAAUGGACCUGGCACAGAAACAAUCAGUACUCAAGGAAGUGACUAUUAUGCGGCAAUUGAACCACCCUAAUAUCGUCAGGUUCAUUGAAUUCAUUGACCUGGACAAAUACUAUUAUAUUGUCCAAGAAUUGGCUGUCGGGGGAGAAGUGUUUACAGCCAUUGUUAAUUAUACAUAUUUCUCUGAAGAUGUGGCUCGGCACGUUAUUACUCAAGUUGCUCAUGCCAUUCGUUAUCUUCACGAAGAAGUUGGUGUUGUUCAUCGUGAUAUAAAACCAGAGAACCUCUUAUUUUACCCUAUUCCUUUCCAACCUUCACCAAAUCCAUAUUCGAAACUUAGAAGAUCAGACGAUCCUAAUUCAAAAAAAGACGAAGGUAUAUUCAUUCCCGGUGUUGGUGGGGCUACUAUUGGAGUUGUCAAGUUGGCUGAUUUUGGACUUUCCAAACAAAUUUGGGAACAUAAUACCAAAACUCCUUGUGGUACAGUCGGUUACACAGCUCCAGAGAUUGUUCGUGAUCAAAGAUAUUCUUGUGAAGUUGAUAUGUGGGCUAUUGGUUGUGUUCUCUAUACUUUCUUAUGUGGGUUCCCACCAUUCUACGAUGAACGUAUUGAGAUGUUAACUGAAAAGGUGGCCAAAGGAGAAUACACCUUUUUGAAACCUUGGUGGGAUGAAAUAUCUCCAGAAGCAAAGUAUUGCGUUUCUAGAUUGUUGACUGUUGAUCCUAAUCAACGUUAUGGUAUUGAUGAGUUCUUAAAUGACCCUUGGAUGCAAAAGUGUUCUUUAGUACCAACUAUGCCUCAAGAGAUACAAACUGGACGUUCGCGAACUCAAGUUGAAGCUCAAAAGCAAGUUCAUGUUGAAGCUCAGGGUCAGGGUCAGGUUCAUUCUCUGGGCCACUCACACGCACAUCGCCAUGGUGAAAGGCAUCGCAAGGACAAAGAUUCGGACAUUGACCUUGCACCAGAAGAGAUGCUUCCAGUUAAGGAACCGCAACAACCUACAGAGCAUCCCGUCCAGAGUCAAAACUCAAAGUUCAAGAACUACAUGGAAAGUGGCAUGUAUUCUCCAGCAGCUGUUGCGCUCAGGGACAUGUUUGAUAUUUCUGCUGCUGUGCAUCGUAUGGGUGAAGAAAAGAAACUUGCCCGUAACAACAACCUUGUGAAUGAUAUAGUGGAAGAAGACGAGGAAAUGGAAGAGGAUGUAGAUCUCAGCGGUACGGUUGAACACCUGCAUCCUCGUCGUUGUGAACCCGAAGUUACCAAAAGUGGAAUGUUUGACUUAUCUUUGAACGGAGCUUCCAUUUUAGAAAGGCGUCGUCAAAACAAAAUAAACGUUAGCCCUAUGACAAUUACUGUUCCUGGAAGUUAA